AUGUCCUCCUGGGACGACGACGACUCGGCGGCGGCGGCGGCCACGGACGUGGAGCUGCUCAAGCGGGCGUGGCGCAACGAGAAGGCCGCGCCGGAGAUCCUCCGCUUCGACUCGCCGCUCGUGUCCCGCGUCCGCGAACAGAUCCAGCUCCUCGAGGAGACGCUCGACGACUUCGCCGACAGCGGCGUCGACGACCUGGUGGUCUCGCUCUACCAGAUGGACCUCGACCGCACUCUCUUCCUCCUCCGCUCCUACCUCCGCCUCCGCCUGCAGAAGAUCGAGAAGUACACGAUGCAUAUCUCCAGGUCCGACGACCUCCUCAGCCGCCUGUCGCAGCAGGAACGCCGCUUCGCCAAGAGUUGCGCGGAGAUCAUGGAGAAGCAUCUGGAGCAGUCGGUGCUGUCCAAGCUCCCGUACGGGUAUGACUCGGUUACCAGGCAGUCGUUGUCCAGCACUGAGGAUGACAUGGUGCCAGAGCCUCAGCUUGACACUUUUGUCUUCUGCAAGACCAAGAGCGACGUUGGUGCAUUUCAGCUAGAUGACAUAGGAGAGGAGGUUGUGGAUUUGGUUGCCGAUGACUUGUAUGUUCUUCGGUACAAGUCCAUCAAGGGACUCGUUGAGGGUGGCCGGAUCGACCUCAUCUGA